ACGCCGGCCGGCCCCUAAUUUGAAAAAUCAAAACGUCAUGCUUGGGAUUACAAUCGAUCUCCCACUUGGACAUAUUUUAUUAUUCCUUUUGUUUCUAUAAAUACAAGCCGGUUUCCUCAAUGAACAGAAACGCUAUCCAAUAAACCCAUUCCAAUAUCCUCAAAGCUAGUAUCAUCACCCAGUUAAUCCUUGUGAAAAUGCAUUAUCGAACAGGGUCCCGGAAUUCUUAUAAGCCCACAAAGAGCAGCACCAGCAUCAGCACCAGCACCAGCACCAGCACCAGCAAAAAUUGUGUGGUUACUGACCCAGCGGCACACAUUAAAAGACUGGCCUCUGAUAAUGCUGUGGUGAUAUUCAGUAUGAGCACUUGUUGCAUGUGUCACGCCAUCAAAAGGCUCUUCUUCGGAAUGGGUGUGAACCCGACGGUGUAUGAGCUGGACCAAGAUCUCACAUUAGGAAAGGAAAUAGAGAAGGCUUUAAUGCUACAGAUGGGAGCAGUGUCGUCCGACCUGCCAGUGCCGGUGGUCUUCAUUGGUGGGAAGCUGGUGGGGGCCAUGGACACAGUCCUGGCAUCUCACAUCAAUGGCACUCUUGUGCCAUUGCUAAAACAGGCUGGUGCUCUCUGGCUCUGAGAAAUUAAGGAAUGGGUUAUAACCAAUCAAUCUACGUGAUGAUUAGUGGAAUUAACGGAGUAAUAUUCACUAAAAUUGUAUAUUUGUACUUGUUUUUUUCCCUGUUAAUCAAUUUUAUGUUUGCAGUC